AUUGUGAGAUACUGUGAAGCUAUCAAUGUCAUUUGCCGAGUAUAUAUAAAAGGAACUUGUUGAAUAAUACAGACGUUAUUUAUAGACAGUACCGCCAUGAACUUCAUUCUGAUACCGUUCUUCCUAGCCACGAAUUUGAUAAUCAACGACGAUGCUUGGUACAAUGGACCGGAGUAUUCAUUUUCCGUACACUGGAGCAUAAUCUCGGAUCUCGAAAAAGAAAAGGGUCGCUACAUGGGUAAAGCUUUAUUAAUGACAUUGAAAUGUUUACCGAGAGAGGAUUAUUUGAUUUGCCAUUUCGAAGAUGCCAAAAUCGGUAAAUGGUCAUCGAAAAAAUUUGAUCGUGAAGGUGCAUUACCAGCGAGGAACACGAGCUACGAACGAUUUAACUUCAGUGUUAAUAAUUUCGUAAUCAAAUUUCAUCAAAAUGGGAUCGAUCAUUAUCUAGUAGAAAAGGAUGAUAAACUCAUGAAUCAGAUUUUAAUCGACAUGUUUAGAACGAUCGUUAAUCAACUUAACAUUGCAACCAAUUUAGAUCAAAAGGAUGAUAAUUUUCAAGAGAAACAGAUUUUUUUUAUGGGCGAGUGCCCGGCCGAUUACAAAAUUCUACGAUCGAAAGUUAAUAAUUAUUGCGAUAAUAAGAAAUUCGAUUUGGUGUUACUUAUCGAUUCGAAAUUAAACGACGACGAGAUUAUACGAAUCAAGAGGCAAAUUGUUCUAGAUCAAUGUGCUCCACCUGAUUUAUACUAUUUUAUUGGAAGGGAUAUUCACAGUACUAUUUUCGAAAACACUACGGAUCGUUUGAUAUCAUCGGAGAGUAACACGAGGAUUUCGAAAAAUUGUUUCACCACCGAGACAUUAAAUAUCGUUGAUAUAUACGAUCAAGAGCACAAAAAACUUGGUAAUGUUUUGGAUCAUUUAUAUAUAUCACUCGAUUCCAUUCAUCCGGCUCAAGGUAGUUCAAAAUGGAUAUAUAAUCCGACGACCAUCGAUGUCAUCGUGAAAACUCGAUCGAAUUACAAGACGGAUUAAUAUUUGUUAAAUUCUAUACGAUAUUAAAAAAAAGAAAAAAAAAAAUUAUUUUUAAAUAAAAAUUAAUAAAAAAAAAAGAAUGAUGGUGAAACGUUUUGAGAUAAAAAAGAAAGAUUUUACUCGAUUAAAAGAAUAUGCUCGAUAGAAAAUAUUGAUCACUUCGAUAACUGAGAAUUCCACAUUAAUGUAACUAUCAUUUUAGCACGUUAAAGUCAAGAUUACGUAUCCAAGAAGGGCGCUUAACCCUACUAUUACAAUUUAUUGAUUUCACGAAGUUACCCCUAAAUGUACUGACACGGAAAUCAAAACAGAGAGAGGGAGAGAGAGAGAGAGAGAGAGAGAGAGAGAGAGAGAGAGAGAGAGAGAGAGAGAGAAAG